UACUCUGCUACUAUGCUGCGCCCAGCUGGAUUCUUGGAAGGCGGAGUAUAGUGUCGCACCACGUGGGUUAGAUUGACUAAGUUUUGCCGGUGUUGCAAUGCAAUAGAAAACAGACGGGGAAGGGGUUGGAAGGGGAGACGAGAAUAUUUAUGUUUUUGUACUUGAGAAAGCUUAAAUACAGGACUAAAACUGAAACUUUUAUUUAUUUUUUUAAUAAAUCAAACUAGGUCGAGUUUAGGAGAAAGAGGGCCUUCCGAACGACGACUUUCACAAGUGGAAGUUCGUUUUGAAGAAGUUGACUAAAAAAAAUAAAUAAAAAAAAAAAAUAAAAAUAAAAAUAAUGAUGUAUUCGUUGAUGGUUUAUUAAAGUAAAUUUGACGCAGGUAGCAAACAAUUGAAAAAACAUGCGAGCUAAGGGAGGGCAUUCAAAGUUUUCUGUAUAAUCUUUAAAAAAAAAAAAAACUUACUGAGGACAAACCGAGUACUAGAAGCACGCGCUACGUGGUACCAUAUCAUAAUAACACAGACAGUAUCCCGUGCCCUGGUAAGUACUUCAGCAAAGUGAAAUAAAAGGAGUUUAACAUUUUCAAGGGACACACGGUGCUGUGCUGGUACAGUGUAAACGCUUUGUCAAACCUAGUGUAGUAAUGUGAAUGUGUAUGUAUAUAAUGCAGUUCAAAUAAAGACACCGUGGUUAAAGUUAUACUCUUGCAUCUUGGAUCUCGGGUUAUUACACCUAGCCUAAGCAAUGCCCGAGAAGGUAACAUAUUUGGAAGGGCAGCUGACAGAAAAUGAGGAUGGUGACAGUCUGGAAGAUGUGAAAAUAUCGAAGCCACUAAACGCAGAAACCGCACCAGAGACGCAGGAAUUAGCAAAUGGGAAUGCUGAGGAGGAACCCACCACUCGGCUUUACAAGAGACGUUGGGCCAUAGUCUUUCUCUUCAGCGCCUAUUCAAUGUGCAACUCAUUUCAAUGGAUUCAAUACGGGAUCAUUAAUAACAUAUUCAUGAAGUUUUACAGCGUAACCUCGUUUACCAUAGAUUGGAUGUCCAUGAUCUAUAUGUGCACCUAUAUCCCCUUGAUAUUCCCAGUAACUUGGCUGUUGGAUAAAAAGGGGCUGCGAGUCAUAGCGCUGGUCGGGUCAGCUUUGAACUGUAUAGGGGCAUGGAUCAAGACAGCCAGCGUCAGACCGGACCUCUUCGGGGUCACGUUCUUCGGGCAGUUUAUGUGUUCGGUGGCCCAGGUAUUCAUCCUUGGAAUGCCGUCUCGGAUCGCAUCAGUGUGGUUUGGGUCUGAAGAGGUGUCCACUGCGUGCUCCAUCGCUGUCUUUGGGAACCAGCUGGGGAUUGCUGUCGGGUUCCUCAUUCCUCCUCUCCUUGUUCCCAAUGUGGAUGACUUUGAUGAGCUUGCACGCCAUGUCAGCAUCAUGUUCUACGGGACUGCCUCCAUGGCAACUCUGCUUUUCAUCCUUGUCAUUUUUGUGUUCCAGGAGCAGCCCAGGCUCCCACCCAGCAAGGCAAAGGCAGCUAUCCAGGCCAUCUCCAGUGAGCAGUACUCCUACCUACAGUCCAUCCUGAAGCUCGUCAGGAACCCCCCCUUCAUCCUGCUCAUCGUCACAUACGGUAUCAAUACGGGUUGCUUUUAUGCUGUAUCAACACUACUGAACAAGAUGGUUAUAGAGCACUACCCAGGUGAAGAGAUCAAUGCAGGGAGAAUUGGUCUCACGAUUGUCAUUUCUGGAAUGGUUGGCUCACUGAUCUGUGGCAUAUGGCUUGAUAAAACCAAAAGUUACAAAAAGACUACACUGGUCGUGUAUAUCAUGUCCCUUGUUGGAAUGGUAGUCUACGCGUUCACACUGAACCUGGGGUAUCUAUGGGUAGUGUUCAUCACUGCUGGCUCGCUUGGGUUCUUUAUGACUGGGUACCUGCCCCUAGGCUUUGAGUUUGCUGUUGAGCUGACCUACCCUGAAUCAGAAGGGACCUCCUCAGGGCUCCUCAAUAUGGCUGCCCAGGUGUUUGGGAUCAUUUUUACCAUAAGUCAGGGGAAAAUCAUCGACAAUUUUGGGACUUUACCUGGAAACAUUUUCCUCAGUGUUUUUCUUUUACUGGGCACCAUUAUGACAGGCUUUAUAAAAGCAGAUCUUCGCAGACAAAAGGCCAACCAGUCAACUGAACCCACUUCCCUAGGGAGUAACUGCUCCAGGGAUUAUGGGGGGCACUGCUGCAGCCACGCCAACCUUGAAUAAUUGAUAAACAAACAAUCGAAAAGCACAUGAAGAGACCGGAAGGUGAUUUGCAAGAUUUGGCCUCUACUCCAGUGAUCAUAAAGGAAGAAAAGCUUUAGAGGGGGCAUCUCAUCCCGCACUACCCAGCCCUCCUCUAACUUACCUUACUGGUGUAUUCACAGCUUAAGGAAACUGGGGAUGAGCGUAUGGGGUCACAAAGCCAGUAUCUUUGUUAAAUGUGUGUUGUCUUUGUUUACACGACCCUACGAUUUCUAUCAAGGAAUUCAAAAUAGUAUUUGCAAACAUGCUGUUAUUCAGCAUAAACAGUAGCUUUACUGUUAUAAAUGCUUCUGAAAAGGUGACUUAAAACAUGUUUGAUUCUUGUUAGUUGUUAUUAUUAAUUUAUUAGCAGCUGCCCUUAUUCAGGCUGACUUACAAUUGUUACAGUUUGAAAUUAUUUUUAUAUACAAUCUAGGAGCAAUCUAGGGAAAGUACCUUGCUCAAGGGUACAGCAGCAGUGUCCCCCACUUGGAAUUUAACCAGCAGUCAAGAGUCCAGAGCCCUAACUGCAACUCCACACUGCAGCCCACUUACUGUAACAUCUCCACCUGGUGGCUAAAACUUGUAAUUUAUGGGGGUGGGAUGGUUCGUGUUUCAUAUGAAAAUCUUGUCUGGAUUUUUAUUUUUUUACACUUUUGUACACAAAGAAAAAACGAAUACUGUCCCUUUAUACAUUCCCAGAUGUGCGUACUGUACAUGAAGCCUUUCGGUAAUGUUAUUAUUUUAAUAAUGUACAAUUUAUUUUUUAUAAUAUUACUCUUUGGAAGUGGUUAUAGUCACGAGUGCAGAAACCAAGGUAUUGAUGGCACUACAAAGCAACCUGCAAAGAUGACUACUAUUGCUUUUUGAAGGGGAAACGAGCUCCCCAAUAACCCAGCUGUGACAUUCAUCUCCUUACAGUUAAUAUUGUGUUUAGAGUAAUUCCUGUUUCAUUUACUGUGCUCCAUACCUCAUACUGCUCUUUUAAUAGCUACCUUCCUAACCAUACAUAUAUAUAAAAUUAAACUUUUUAUGUUUAAUUGGGAGUCUGUAAAUGUACUAAUAUUUAUGGAUAUGUACAGAACAGUACUAGAAUAAACUGGCAGAGCCAACAUUGAAAACA